CAAGGAGGGGGUCUCUGCCUCGCCGAAGAGGCAACGUUAGAGCCACAUAAACACAUUCACAGAUGUGUCUCCAUGCGUUCUGACAGCUUGACUGAGCCGCGACCGCCACGCUGAAUGAAGACAGAGAAAUCAGGGGGAGAGACAGAGAACAACCACCAAGCAAAUUACCACACCAUUACUGCAGGGUCUUGCCCACGUCCUUCUCUCUCGAAUUGUGGGCUUGAGUGAGAGCGCGUCUGACAGGGAGGAAAGGAAAACGGGGGAGAUCUACCGGCAGAUUCGUCCCCAAGGCUCCUAAUUACAGCCAACGUUUCCACUUAGAUUCAGAUGCCACAGAACACACUAAUCCAGGGAUGCUCUGACCAUAAACAAAGAAGAGAAGAGGACAAAAAGAAAUCAAGAGAGCCACACAAAGACAAAGAGUGAGAGAUGGAGGGAUAUUUUAAUGAAUGAAGCAUGCAGCAGCAUGUGAUGGAAAUAGCUGCAUCUACGUAAGCCGCCUGCUGAGGACGUGACUGCCCACGUGGUCUGGAUGCCAGCAGCUGCCUCUUAGAGCCCCUGACGGCCCCUGGCAAUCCGAGAAACACAUCCUCAUCCUCCGUUUCCACGCUCUCGACCCCCCCGCCCCAGUCCCAGAGGAUUAUCGAGUCUCAGGAUUACUGAAGUGUCCACUUUGGCCGCGGGAGAAAGGGCACACUAUUACUUGAGCUUGGGAGCGCAGCAUGGGAUGCUCUGGGUGCCAACAGCGCGGUGGAUGACCUCCAGCAUGCGGCCGUCACAGCUGGACCUCACGCUCGUGGCCAUCCGCCGUUUCUAACUAAGGGUAAUGACCAGGCAUAGAACCAACCCUGGAGAUGCCGAAGAGAAGAGAUAUUCUUGCCAUCGUGUUGAUUGUGUUACCAUGGACCCUCCUCAUCACUGUGUGGCACCAAAGUGCAAUUGCUCCCCUGCUUGCCAUCCGAAAGGUCUGUCACCAUCUAGUAAAAGAGAUCUUAAUCAUACCAGAGCGACUAACCAUCCACCGGCAACGGCUAGCAGAUGACGCGACGGAGACUAGACAUGAGACUGGCCCAGCAACGGACUCAAAAGAAUACUGCUCACAGGACAAGGACAUAGUAGAGGUGGUCCGUACAGAAUAUGUGUACACAAGACCUCCACCCUGGUCUGAUGUAUUACCCACCAUUCAUGUCAUAACCCCAACAUACAGCCGGCCUGUGCAAAAAGCAGAGUUAACGCGAUUGGCCAACACAUUCCUCCAUGUGCCCAACCUGCACUGGAUCCUGGUGGAGGACUCUCAGAGGAGAACCCCUCUGGUCACGAGGCUUUUGAGGGAAACCGGGCUGAACUACACACACCUCAAUGUGGAGACCCCACGGAACUACAAGCUGCGAGGGGACACGAGAGAUCCCAGGAUUCCACGUGGCACCAUGCAGAGGAACCUGGCUCUGAGAUGGCUAAGGGAGACCUUCAAUUCCAACAGCAGCCAGGCAGGAAUCGUCUACUUUGCAGAUGAUGAUAAUACGUACAGCUUGGAGCUGUUUGAGGAGAUGCGGUCUACUCGUAAAGUAUCGGUGUGGCCUGUAGCGUUUGUUGGAGGUUUGCGGUACGAGUCCCCAAAGGUCAACGCAGCAGGAAAAGUGUACGGCUGGAAAACAGUAUUCGACCCUCACCGUCCCUUUGCCAUCGAUAUGGCAGGGUUUGCCAUCAACCUGAGGCUCAUUCUGUUUAAGCCUCAGGCCUAUUUCAAGUUACGAGGGGUGAAGGGAGGCUACCAGGAGAGCAGCCUGCUCAGAGAGCUGGUCACACUCAAUGACCUGGAACCCAAAGCCGCCAACUGCACUAAGAUUCUUGUGUGGCACACACGGACGGAAAAACCUGUCCUGGUGAACGAAGGCAAAAAAGGCUUCACAGACCCAAAUGUGGAGAUCUGACAUCUGCUUCGGCAUCGGGAUGUAUCCAGCAGGACCCGAAAGGGAAUGGCAGGGUGUAAUUACCCACUACCACAUUUUUUUGAACAGUUUGAAUGCUUUGUCCUGUAACCCACAACUAAACAAGCUCAACAAUAUGGACCUAUUAUUACCUGAUGUAAAGCACAGAAUAGUCUUUUUAAAGGCAAUACCAUCAGUAUUUUACAAGAACAAAACAAGAGCCAGAAAAGAAACUUUGGUGUAUAUUGAUGAGGGGAACAUCUGUGACCUGAUAAAACUGCUCACAUUCAGGAUUUUAUAAACUCUAUUUAAAAGAGACCC